UACUCUUCACAGUCUUUUUUUCUCUCGCUCUUUCUCUCUCAUUUGAAAGAAAGGAAAAUGUCCGCAGGGAUGGGGAAAUGCUGCAGAAUCCGGCACAUUGUCAGAUUACGGCAGAUGCUCCGGCGGUGGCGUCAAAAAGCCGCAUCGGCUGCUCAGAAACCUGCCGAUCGUACUAUCCCCUCCGACGUACCUGCCGGACACGUAGCAGUCUGCGUGGGUUCAACUUGUCGGAGAUUCGUGGUGAGAACCACCUACCUGAACCACCCGGUCUUCAAGAAACUGCUGGUGCAAGCGGAAGAGGAAUACGGUUUCACCAACCAAGGCCCCCUGGCCAUUCCAUGCGACGAAACCCUCUUCGAAGAAAUCAUCCGAUUCCUCUCCCGCUCCGAUUCUGCCGGAAACUCUUCCCGUUUUGUCAAUCUAGAGGAUUUUCAGAUGUCCUGUCAUGUGGGCAUCAGGAGUAAUGUCGAUUUCUGGACCGAAUCUCGGCCGCUCCUUAAUGGAGUUGGGGAUAAACCGAUCUGGUGAAGG